UUUCCCUGCAGCUACUGCGUGGGGAGCGUGGGAGUUUUGUGGUGGCCUCCGCCUCCUUUGUCGCGUCUCGGCUGGGCGUGGCUUCAUGCUGCUUCUGCCGGGUUGGGCGAGGCUGCCAGGGCUGCGGGGCUGGUGAGUGUGGCUGUUUCAAAGCUGUUUUGGAGAAAGAAGGCGUCACCUCAGGUUCUCGAAGGAGCUUGAGGGUCCCGAGGCGCCUGAGGGCGGAGUGGAAAGGCCUGGCAGCGGAGUCGGAGCCUCUCCGCUCGAAGUGUUAUCCAAACGUAGGGACUUGAAGAAGCCCUUCGUUUCCCCAGAUGGCGUCCACGCUCCCCACAUCCGAUGAGCAGGAACCAUUAUUUUUUGAAGAUCUGGAUGUGUAUUUUUCUCAAGAGGAGUGUGUGAGUCUGUACCCGGCCCAGAAGACCCUCAGCAGAGAAGCCCCAUUAGAGAGUUUUGAGGAUUUGGACUUGAUAGGAGAAGACCAGACUGAGACCAGUCAGAAGUUGAGCCUAGAGCCUGUGGAACUUGAAAAGCUGUCCCUAGAAAAGUACUCCAUUGCUGCACCCCUUGUCCACUGCUCUGAACAAUCUGAGGAGGAUGUUGAAAUACAAGAAAGCAAAAUGUCAGGUGGAACUUUGACUUGCAAGACCAAGCUUAUAAGCCUCUUGGUUACCAUUGACAACCAAACCCCAUUAGUAGAGUUAUCUCAAUGUUUAGGAGUCAAAACACUUUCAGAUAUUAUUGAAGUUCCUUGGGAAGAAGCCAAAAAUGUGUACAAGUGUCCUGACUGUGACCAAAGCUUCAGUGAUAAUACAUACCUUGUUUUGCAUCAGAAAAUUCAUUCAAGAGAGAAAAAGUAUAAAUGUAAUACCUGUGAGAAGACCUUUAGUCACAGAACCAACCUGAGGACACACAAGCGAAUCCACACUGGUGAGAAGCCUUACAAAUGUACCAAGUGUGCUGCCAGCUUCCGACAGCAGUCACAUCUGUCCCGGCACAUGAAUAGCCAUUUAAAGGAGAAACCAUAUACAUGUAGUAUAUGUGGGAAAAGUUUUAUGUGGCUCCCAGGAUUGGCAGAACAUCAGAAGAAUCAUACUGAUAAGAAGUCUUACGAAUGUGCUGACCACGAUCAGGAAACAAAUCUGUCUUUGCCUGAAGAAGGAGGCUCAUCAGACACACCAUCCCAGCAUACACAGUGUGUGCAGACGGUGGAGCAGCCCUCAGACCCUACUCUUCCUGAGAAAGACCAUAAGGAGGACUCUAAACUCUGCAGUAUUGAUGAUGAGGACUUUUUCUCAUUCUCCAGAUUCAAACCCUUACAGUGUCUUGACUGUGACAUGACUUUUCCUUGUUUCUCCGAGCUUGUCUCUCACCAAACCAUUCAUGACCUGGAAAAACCUUAUAAGUGCAAAACAUGUACAAAAACUUUUGCUACUGAGUCAGAACUUGCAUCCCAUGAGAAGAGUCACAGAAGAGAAGAGCCUUUUAAAUGUACAGUGUGUGGGAAGAGCUUCAGAGUGAAUAUGCAGCUCAUCACUCAUAAACGAACCCAUAGGAGAAACAGCAAAUGUGCAGAUGGAGAACCUCAUGUACAAAGACACCAGCCGUGCAAGCAACUAAGUUCUUAAUACUUACUAGAGACAGGAAGAUCGCUGUUGCUGACACCGACAGCCUUGCCUCCUGCUUGUCACCCCUCUCCUGGCUGUCCGCCCUCUCCUAGAGGUCGCUGUUGCAGCUGAUCCACAGUUGAGACUGUAUGCCCUGUAUGUCAAGGUCAGAUUUGGCUGGUUUCUCCACAUUUCGGAUGUAAAGCAUCAUUCUGUCAGAAAGCUGGGGGUCUUAAUGGCCUUCAGGUCUCUUCAGCCCUCUGUCAGAGAUGCUUGGGGUUGUACAGAAAGGUAGUCUCGAGUUUUCGCCUAACCCUGGGAUAUAAUGGUUGUUAGACAGCAAUAAGAGCAUUAGCUUCCUACACUCUGUUGCUUCUCAAGGGAGGAACUGCUAUGGUGCCUCAUAGGCUCUAAUGUUUGAGUGAAGACUGUAGAGUUGAAGGACGGGAAGUAAAACUGGAAAAGAGGCUCUUACUUAAGAGAGUUGGUAUCAAAAGAAAUGAGAAUUAUGUCAGGAGGGACUUGGACAAAAUAGUUGAUAGAAAGGUUGGAAGUUGUCACCUUUUAAAUUUGUUUUUGCUUCUAAGGAAAUACCAAAGAAGGUGAAUUUAUGCUGCUGGUCCUGCUGGUCAUCUUUUUUUGUUUUGCUUUGUUUUGUUUUCCCAAAAAGGUUUUUCUGUGGAGCUCUGGCUGUCCUGGGCCUGACUCUGUAGACCAGGCUAGCCUCAACUCAGAGAUCCAUCUGCCUCUGCCUUGAGUCACUGGGAUUAAAGGCAUGUGCCACCACUGCCCUGCCCUGCUGUACAUUCUUAACAUGAAAUUCACAAUUUAGUUCUCAGUGUUUGUGGUUUCUGCAUUCUCCAGAUUUUGAAAGACUGCUCACAAAAGAUUAGGAAAAAAAAAAAGAGGACUUUAACAAAGACCAUUACUAUAUGUGAAAGUAGUUAAAUAGCCUUGGUAUAAUAGUAUUGGUGAUUGGUAUGCAGAAAAAAUGAAAAACUAUAUAUCAGUUACUGUGAAAUAUUUUUAGUUAUUUCCUUAUCGUGUGCUUGUUCCUAAAAACAUUGGUUGUAUGUUAUUUUCAAGCCAUUCUGCCUCUAAGGAGUUGAAGAGAAAGCUGUGGUAUUCAGGCUACCUUUAUGAUAAUAGCCUUUUCAUCCUCCUCCUAAUAUUGCCAAGUAGGGUCGAUUCCACAUGAUUGCUCUCAACCCAGGGUGUUAACAAACCAUGUACGUGCUAGUAACGAAUAGUGGAGACAGUCAACACAAGGAUAUAAAAUGGAAUGUAAGAGCCUGUUGCUGUGAAUGGUUAGCUAACUACAUGGUGUACAAGGAAUGUUGAUGUUAUGAAGUAUGGUAACUUGGUACUGAAGAUGUGAACUCAAAACUGUGGAUUUUUUGAUGCCAUAAUAAAAAUGUGAAUAACUGUUCCUUACCAUGACUGUGGGGAUUCCAGUUUCUGUUAAGCUGUCAUCACUGAUGCCAACAGCAAUUCCCAGGGGAUUUAGAUAUUAGCUAGUACUUGCACUUUGUAUUUAAGAGAUGUUAGAUUUUGUUGUUAAAGGAGUAGAACACAAACUAGUUUUGUGCUGCUGUUACAAAUAAUUUGUCCAUAUAUCUCCAUGACACUGAAAACAGCCAGCAUAAAGAUCUUGCUUUAAUCUGUAAUUUACUGUAAACAAAGGGAGGUGUAGGUUACAGCUUUUAUAAAAAAGAACCUAUUUGAAAUGUUUCCUGAGGGGAUCUCAGUAGGAAACUGCUUAUACUUUGACUAUUUGUUAAAAAGGUAAAGAUGUUUAUUAAGUGUAUAUUUAACUGGUUUAGUCUUCAUAUUAGAACUAUUUAUGUGAUACAAAAAAUGGCUAUUACCUAUCUUUCCAAGACCUGUCUAACUACAGAUGUUUUGUCUCUUCAAGUUAAGAUCCUUGUCUACAAGUCCAGUUUAGAGAGAGGAUACAACAGUAUUCAUUUAUAUGGACACCUAAGAAUAUUCUACCAUGUCUGGUUAUUUUGAUGCCUAAUUAGUUUUCUGUAUGCACCUCUGUUUAACGUUUCAGCUUUACUGUUUUUUGAUGGGUUCUUAUCGGUCUUAUCUCAACUGUGAAUGUGUGCUUCUGAUGUGCAAUUUAUCAUCCAAUAAAUGUUUGUUGUUUUGACAA